AAGCAGAGCGCAAAUCUGCGGAUGCGCAAACCAGCGCUAUGUCCAACAUCCACCCGGCAUGCAAGCCAGUCUCAGGAGAGUUCCACCUCCUCAAUGUCCAGGUCAAGGAGCACGUGGCCAAGUCCUUUACAGCCUUCCUCACCUGCAACAUCAAGGUGCCCUACAUGAAGGCGGUGCAGCUGGAAGGCCCAAGCCGCAGCGGCAAGAAGGAGGCCAUCAAGGACGGCAUGGAGCUGGGCCGGAAGUUCCUGGCGGAGGGGGAGGCAGGUGCUCGCUCCGUCGCUCUGAAGCUGAAGAAGACCAAGUGGUCACCGCAGCAGCUGGCCAACGUGGAUGAGAAAGAUCUCUACACCAACCACCCUUUGCCAGGCUUUCGAGACAACCAGGAGUUGUUCGCCAAGGAGGAAGAGCUGCUGCCUCCUGGGGAGGGCUGGACGCGACACAGCCCAACCAUGUUAGUACAGCCCCACAGCCAGGUGUACUUUGUGCAAAGCGGAGACAAGGCUGGGAAGUACUACCGCCGUGGCACUCGCGGGGAGUGGGUGGACAUCGAUCCGCCCAAUGCCCCACAGGAGUACGACAUUACGGUUCGCGCUGCGAGUGCCUCCUGCGUGCGAAAGGGCGUCAAGUUUGACAGAGCCGUCAUGCUGAAUGAUGUCACCAAGAUCGCGCGCCUGGCCUUGAAGUUGCCCCUCAGCUUCGUGGACCGGCCUGCCUCCGCCUUCGCGCUCUUCCAAGGCCUCCGAACCCCGGAGGCGGCCCAGUGGUGUGCGGAGAACUUCCACAAGAAGCUGCUGCCCCGACUGGCCGAGAAGAUCCACGUCUACAAGACCGAGGAGCUUCAGGAGGUCUUGGAGGCUACGCUCAAGGAGAUGGAUGAGGAGGUCAUGAAGAGCGCCUUCCCUUUCAGCGGCUGCUCCGCUCUGGUGGCGCUGUUGCUGGGGAAUCGGUUCUUGGUGGCCGGGGUGGGUGACUGCCGCGUGCUGCUCCUGGAGGGCGAGGGCAAGGCGGCGGCGAGCUCGCGACUCCUGGACUGCGAGGGGCGCCUGGAUGAGUUGGAGGAGCAACUCAGGUUCUGGCAGGAGGGCGGCAUGGUGGUGGACGGCCUGCUGCGCCACCAGCACCCGGAUCUGCUGGAUGAGGCCAAGCGCAUCUUGUGCGCGCCGAAUGUGUUCGAUGUGCUUCUGACCCGGGAGGAUGAGCUGGACGUGAAGCAGGUGCGCACCGCAUACAAGAAGCUGGCAUUGCGGGUUCACCCGGACAAGAAGAACGACACCGUGGACAAGAAGGCGUACCAGUACGCCUUCGCCCGAUUGGAAGAGUCAAAAGAGAAGCUUGAGGAGAUGAUAGCGGAGGACCUGGAGUCCUGCCGAGAAAUCCGGCGAGUGCUGCAUGCGGAGGUUCACACCCGCUCGGGCGCCGCAGCCCUGCUCAAUGUGGACUGGACACCCGCCUCUGAUUCCAUCCUUGAGGAGAUCGAGAAGGAAGCAGCGAAAGCUGCCAAAGAGCUGAAGAAGAAGUUUGCGAAGUUGCAGGCCUUCUCCAAGGACUUCAGCCAGGCGGAGGCAAUCUGCGACGAGGCGGUGCGCACCAUGGCGCGGCCGUGCACUGUGGAGUCCUUGCCCCGGGUGGAGGCGCUCCUGAAGGAGGGCGUACAGAUGAGUCGUGCUCUAGGCCUGCGGGACCUGCGGAGCCCUCGGCCGGUGGUGAAGAUGGAGCCCCAAGUGGCCUCAUGCGUCAUCUCAACGGGCGCUGCCAUUCGCGUGGCGCUGCUUUGUGGCGCCACCAGCGCCGUGGAGGAUGCAAAGUUGGUGCAGCGCGGUGCUGCGCACACCCGCAGGCCCAAAGCCUCAGCGCUGGGCUGGGUGGGCCUUCCAGAGGCCUCCAGCGCUGCUGUCUGCAUCAGCAUCAGGCCCAGCAAGGUGGAAUCCAGCGGCGUGAAACGGCAGAAGACCGGUGCGGACACGGUGCGGAUGCGCCACAUCUUGCUGCGACAUCAUCAGGUGAAGCAGGCCGAUCCCAUGCUGAGAAGAGAUCCAGGGCGGAGCGUACAGGAAGCGGAAGAGCUGGCUUUGAAAACCCUGGAGUCCCUCAUUCAGACGCCGACCGCCUUUCCCAAGCUCUGCAGGGAACUGUCGGACUGCCAGACUGGGGAGCAGCCGGGGCAGCUCUGCGGGGACCUGGGCUGGGUUGCGAGGGGCCAGACAGAAGCUGUGCUGGACGAGGCCAUCUUCUCGCUGGCCGUGAACGAGUUCGGCGACCUGAUAGCGAGCAGCCGCGGGUUUCACAUCAUCCAAAGAUUGGCGUGAUGCGCCGAAAAGCCGCUGGCGCGGUUGCGGGUCCGUUUGCUUCAGAGCAC